UUUCAAAAUCCAAAACCCAAACGACGAAGACGAAGCAGGCCCAGCGGUUAGUGGGCAACCAAGUGAAGGUUCCGUACCAGGUUUUCUGGCUUGUCGUUUUCAAAAUUAAGCCAGUAAUUUCGACGAGCACCUGCUGUGCAUUACCGCACAACUAUGAAAGGAAGCAAAGCAUCGGUCUUAACACUUGCCGAAAAAUGCAAGAAUAUAUUGGCAGCAAAUUGGCAAGGUAACCUCAACACAGUAAAAGCUGACGCUAAAGGGAGCAAAGGGGAAAUAUACACCUCAAAAGUCAAGUAUUUUGUCAAGAAAGGGAAGCCUUACAUUUGGGUUCCAGAAAAGGACUUGCAUAAUGUGAACGCGAUCAUUGAUGAGCGCAGUUCUUUUGCUGUCGCCACUCCUUUUCCAGGUCCACUUGCAAGCUUGCUGAAAUCGAUAAAGAAGUUACCAGCUCGGGUCGCAUUGACUGGUGAUAUUGUUCCUCUCAGAGAUGAAAAGAUUAAGUUGGCUGCAGAGAGCCUCAGAGAAAUCAUAUCAGUAGAGCAAAAAAUUAUUAAGGAGUCAAGCUAUUCAGUUUCUGGCAUAUUAAGUUCAUCUCGCCUUGGUUCUACAUCGCGAAGUGAUAACCUUAAGGAGUUGCUGGAAGGAAAUGAGCAACAUGUUGUAUAUAAGUUCAAUCUGAAUUUGUGCACUUAUAUUGAUGGCAAUGGAGGCAAUUAUGAAGUUAAUUUGGAAGAUAUUGAAGCAUCUAAACCAGAUCCAUUAUCACCAUUUUCUACAAGCCUUAUUGAUGGAAUUAACCAAAGUGAAAUGAGGCGCAGAGCUUUGAUACUCUUCUGUAUUACACACUUGAAAAAGAAUGCAAAGGAUGCUUAUCUGCUCUCUGUAGACCGGAAAGGAUUUGAUGUGCUAGGAAAAGUUCUAGGUCCAGGGCAGGCCGAUGGCUCUCGUGAAUAUGUGUGGAAGGAAUUUAGAAUCAUCUUCAAAGAAGAGGCCCGCCAUAUUGAAACAUUUUGUCGACAGCUAGCGCAAAUGGAAGAGGAAGCCCUUAAGAACAUUUCAAGUUUCAGUGGGCUAUGAGCAAAGGAAUUUUUGAGGCCACGCAGGAUAGUGAGAUGAACACAACCUAUGUUGUCAUGAUACGAUGGGCAAUCUCGUGAGGCAUGGAUUGUUGCUGUUGAUACCUUACAAGAAGUUAGUUAUGCUAAGUGUGAGCAUAGAAGACUGUGGACUAUGGAAGCAAAGAAAGCAAAGAUUUACCUUUACCUUUUAUUUAUUUAUUUUUUUGUCAAUUGGCACUUGUCUAUACUACGUAUAGACCUACUCCUACUCUAGACUAUACUAAGGGACGCACCUGUAUGGAUUUAAGCUACUUAAAGCGGCUGCCACUUACAUAUAGUGACAGGUGGUGAAAAACAAGAUUUGAACCCUUGA